AUCGCUCAGAGCUUCUCGUUGUGCCUUGUGGGUGCGUAGUGCAGCCUCCAGAUGGCUGACCCGAUGGAUGUAGACCAAGCAGAGGCCGCGGAGGCCAUUUCCUCAUCGCAGCACCAGCACCAGCACCUGAUGAACGGCGUCCCAGAAGGAGAAUGCGACGUCGCCAAAGCAUGCGAGCAGUAAGGCAGGCAGGCGCCGCACCCAGCCGCAAUCAACCGGUCUCUCUGUGUGUGCGUGUGUGUGCGUGCGUGUGUGUGUGUGUGAUAUGUGUAGGUUGCUGACGCACCUGUCGCACCUCGAGAAGCACUACGAGGAGGAGGAGACCGCCGGCCGCGCCGCCAAGCGGCAGCGCACCACACAGAGCAAGAGAAAGAAGAAACCCAGUGACAACGACAACAACACCAAGAAAAAGGGCGACGCGACCAAGAACAAGGGAGACCAGAAGGAGCCAGCUGCGGCGGCGGCGGCAGCUGCUGGUGGUGCGGAUGACAGCAAAGCCGGCAGUCCGCCGCCGGCGUUCCCCGAAUUUGACGACUUCUGGGGGCCCUUCGGCCCGAGCAAAGUAAGACGUAGACGCAGACAGAGGGGGCCGGAGGCGUCUACGUCUCUCUCUCUCUCUCUGUGUGUGUGUGUGUGUCUGUGGCUGGUCUAGGGCGGCAAGAAGGGCGGCGGGUUCGCCAAGGGCACUGGCUACUCGGUGAGCAGUGGGCCGUCCAGCAUGGCAGCCAGGCAGGCAGGCAGGCAGGUAGCCUUUGCUCAUUCCUUCCUUCCCUGGUUGUGUGUGUUGACAGAACUAUUGGCACGCCAACGGCCCGGUGUGGGACCCGGAGCAGGCUGAGAAGAAGCAGAAGGAGAUGGACGCCGCCGUCACGCCGCACAUCGACGCCAUGACCGACCUCCUGGACCAGCUGCAGGGCGCAUUGGUCACAAGUGAUGGCCAUGGCCAUGGCAAUGAGAACAACAACAACGUCAACAUGGAUGCGGGCGACGCAGACGGAGACGGCGGCGAGGGGAAGAAGGGAGAGAUCGGCAAUGGUAGGAAGGGGCGGACCAAGAAAGUCAGGGGCAAACCUGUGCCGACCAAUAUAGAGGUGGGUGGGUGGGCUGAAGGCAGGCCGCAAGAGUGGACGGACAGACCAUUGCUGUCUGUCUUUCUCUGUCUUUGUUUCUGUGUGUGUGCAGGAGUUGGAGCAGUUGCUGCACGAGUCGCGGCUGCAGGCCAUCCUGACCAAGCACCUCACUCUCGCCUUCACCGAAAUGUGCCAGGUAGGUCGGUCGGCAGCCCACACACUCACACACCACACCAACGCCACAAAUGACACACAUGACAUCGUCUUCGUUCGACCUAUAUAUCAAUCAGCGUGUGGAGCUCUUCACGGCCCUGUUCGGGCUCCUGCGGUCCCUCUCGUCCCUCCCCACCUACCUGUCGCGAUGGCCCCCCGCCCUCCACACCCACCUGCGCGACCUCAGAAAGAGCGCCAACCUGCUCGUCAAGUCGCUCAAGAAACAGGAGGAGGCAGCCGAGGUCAAGAAGAUCACCAAGGAGAAAGAGAUAGAGAAGGAGGAGGAGGCCCAGCCGGCCGCUGCUGCCGCUGCCUCUGCUGCCGCUGCUGCCGCUGGUGGUGGUGGGGGGGGCUUUUGGCCCCCUCCCGCGCUUGAUGCCCUCGCUCUCUUCGGCUCGCCCGGCCCACCGCCCCCUCUCGGCCCACCGAUCCCUCUCUCCUCUGGGAUCAAGAAGGUGGCGAAGCUACCUGUUUUCACGCCCCCCAUAUCGCCCAAGGACACCUCCCCCAAGGAGGUACUCGACGGCAAGGACAAGGCGGGCGAGGAGAAAGAGGUCAGUCAGAUGGGGGGACGGGCGAGGUGUGUGUCGUCUUCCCGUGUCCCUCCCUACUCUAUUGUCUCUCUCUCUCUCUCUCUCUGUGUGUGUGUGUGUGUGUGGCUGUUCACUCAGGCGGCGGUAGAUGCCCCGUUUGCGGCUGCUGCAGCAGUUCCCUUUGUCUCCAUCAAGAAACCUGCGACGAGCGUCCGGCGGUCGACACGCAAGACGGCCGGCAAGAAGCAGGCACCCAAGGCGUCGGCCAAGAAGGGCAAGAGCAAGGCGAAGAACAAGCCCCCCGGCUCGCCCGACUCGUCGCCCUUGUUCCCCGCCCUUAUGCCGGACGAGCAGGUGAAGGACGCUGAUGCUGAUGGCGACGGAGAGGGUGAGGGGGCGGGAGAGGACGACUUCAAGACGCCCGAGAAGGGGAAGAAGUCGAAGGCCUCGGCCAAGAAGGCCUCGCCCUUGUUCAAGACCCCAGACGACAAACACAUCGCCACCAUGCCCAAGAGUGAGCUGCAAAUAGAACAGACCGACACACAACACAACACACGAGCGACCCACCCAUCUGUGUGUCUGCUGGUGUGGGUGUGUCACCGGUGGGUGCGGCGCAGAGGGCAAGGUCUCGUCGGACAAGAAGCUGUUCUCGCCAUGGAUGUUCGCCAAGCCCAAGCUUGCCCCCAAGGCCAAGGCCAAGCCCAAGCUCAGCCCCGUUCCCCCGAACAUGCCAGCCCCCCCUCUCCAAGCCGCCCUCUACAUGACCCCCAUACCCGCCUGGCGCCGCGACCGGCUCGCCCAGCCGGCUGCACCGCCAGAGCCGACAGAGGAAGAGAAGCGCCUGCUUGCGUCGUACCGGGCACUGGCCGAGAAGGUGAUCGAGGUGCUUGAGUUGGUGCUGGCCAAGGUGCCCAGGGGCGAUGCUGGCGGUGGUGCUCAGGGCAAUGGUGGUGGGGAGGAGGGGGAGGGGGGAAGGGAGAAGGGCAAGAAGAGGCGGGGGUCGAUGGCUGUGCUUGAGGGGGAUGCGCCGAUCAAGCUCAGGAGGGCCGCACGACUCGCACAGCAGGUGCGUAAUGGCUGGACAAGUGGCGUGGGGGCAUGCGUGGACCACUCACUCUCUCUCUCUCUCUCUCUGUGUGUGUGUGUGUGUGUGUGUACCUGCCAAUCAAGCAGGCGUCUUCUGUGGCUUCCUCGCCGGUCAAGACCAAGAAGGGCGUCAAGCGCAAGACGACCGUUGACAACGCCCCACCCCAGCAGCUUGGCACCAGCUGGCAGGAAAUAGACCCAUGUAACAACACCACCGCCCUCCACCACCGUCCACCCCCCCACCUCUCUCUCCCUAUUUCUUUUGUCACUCAGCUGUGUACCUUGCUGCUGGUCCGAAGCGGCGGCGUGAGGAGGCGUCGAGUGCGUCGGGCGGCGGGCCGGGGAGCGAGGAGGAGUACAUCUCGGCCCUGAAGGACCUUUUGGUGGACCACGCCGAGCUGAGCGACACCCACCUGCACAUGAAGCACUGCAGGGAGGAGAAGGCCGAGCCGCAGCAAAGGAUGAUGCGUGUGUCCAAGGAGCUCGCUGGUCUGUCCGCCUGUCUGUCUGGCUGUCUGUCUGGCUGAUGGGUGGAUUCACUGUGAUGGUUGUCUGUCCGGUUGUGGUUGUGUGUGUGUGGUUGUCAGGUUUGGGCACGCUGCUGCCGCUGCACCGGUCCUCGUCGAUCUUUGUCAGAUACGACGAGAAACACACCAACCUAUGGCGGUACGUCAGCCACACACACAGACGGACAGACAGGCUGACAGACAGACAGACACACCAGACACUGUGUGUGUUUGGUGUGCAUGUGUGUGGGCAGUGCGUUGAUAGUGGGCCCCGAGGACACCCCCUACGACGGCGGCUGCUUCCUGUUCGACGUAUACUUCGACGUCAUGUACCCCACGAAGCCGCCAAAGGUGGGUGGGAGCCAGUGCACUGGGGCCACACACACACACAGGGAGCGACGCCAUCGCAUUCGUGUGCCGAUUGUUCUGUUCUGGUCUCCUUGUGUGUGUGUGUGUGUACUGCUGCGUCAGGUGUUGCUGAGGACGACUGGCGGCGGGCGCAUCGGCUUCAACCCGAACCUAUACGCCGACGGUGAGAUGGCAUGGUGACACUGCAAGGCCAGCGGAUCAGUCACUCUUUUUGUUCAUCUGUGUGUAUGUCUGUGUGUGUGUGUGUGUGUGCGCGUGAAGGUACGGUGUGUCUGUCGUUGCUGGGGACGUGGCAGGGCGGCAAGGGGGAGUCGUGGGACAGCCAGAUAUCCACCGCAUUCCAGGUCAACGCACACACACACGCACACACAUGCCUCUUGUCAUGUGUCUGUCUGUCUGUCUGUGUGUGGGUUUGAUCGUGUGCAGGUGCUCGUGUCGAUCCAGUCGCUCAUCUUCGUGGCCAAGCCGUGGUUCAAUGAGCCGGUGAGUGAAUGAAUGAGACCAAGAGGCACACACACACACACGCCUGCAUCAUGCCUCCCUGCCACGGUCGCGUGUGUGGGACGCUCCCUCUCUCUCUCUCUCUCUCUCUGUCUCUCUGUUUCAGGGCUAUGAGGCUCAGAUGGGCACCACCACCGGCGACGCGUAAGCCACAGACACACACACACACACACACACCUCCCUCCCUCUCCCAUCUCUCUGUGUGUCCUCCCUCCACCCGUUCAGUGCAUCAGACGACUACAACCGGCGCAUCCGCGACGGCACCGUCAAGUACGCCAUGGUCGACCUGCUCAAGUCGCCGCCGCCAGAGUUCGCCGACGUCAUCAAGCGCCACUUCAAGCUGAGGCAGCAGCACGUCGUCAAGACGGCCGAGGCGUGGGCGGCGGCCAGGAACGCCACUUUGCACAAGAGCGACGUGGCCACACUCAAGCAGCUGCUGGACGCUCUGUGAGUGAGGGGCGGCGCGAGUAGGUAGACAGAGGGGCUACGGUAGCCGCCCGGAUUGUUUUGGUUUAACGAUAGAUGGGGUGGAUCCAUCUGUGUGUGUGUGUG